GCUUACACGCCGUACAGUUCAAUCCUGCAAGUGAUCGUCUUCUAUUGGCAUCUCACUGAGAAGAAGAAGAAGAAGAAGAAAGGAGCCAUGACAAUGCUUAGAUCUAUCUCGAUGGUAAUGUUGUUCGUCACACUUGUUACAGCCAUUUCCAUGGUGUCCUCUUCUGCUUCAUCAUCGGAAGCCGAGUUUGUUCAGAAGACCAUCUCUUCCCACAAGAUCGUCAUCUUCUCCAAAUCCUACUGCCCCUAUUGCAGGAAAGCUAAAUCUGUCUUCAGAGAGCUGGAUCAAGUUCCUUAUGUUGUCGAGCUUGAUGAAAGAGAAGAUGGGGGGAGCAUCCAAUCUGCACUUGGAGAGAUUGUUGGAAGGCGAACAGUACCGCAGGUCUUCAUAAACGGAAAACACAUCGGAGGAUCAGACGAUACUUUAGAUGCGUAUGAGAGCGGGGAACUGGCCAAGCUUCUUGGUGUUUCCGGAAACAAAAAUGCUGAACUCUAGGUUGAAUAUAGUUGGAAGAAUUGUUAUGUUGAGGUGUAAACAAUUCAAUUUCCAGUUGUUUGAAAUUUCCAGUUGUGAAACUUAUCUUAUCAAAGACCGAAAGACUACAACUUGAGUUAUACGAAGUUGGGUUGAGAAAUCAAA